GACAGACACGCUGCCGGUCUUUCGCGCAUGAACAGCAGUCAGUGCCUUCUGUUCGACCCGCUUCGAAGCUUUGAACACUGACGGAUCUAAACCUAACCAUCAUUCCCUUCCAAACACAGGAGAGCAGCGGCGACGUUUGGAUACACGCACCGCACAAGCACGGGGAUGUGGAUCAUAAAGUUGGUGUUGAUUUGGACCUGCUGGAUCGGAGUGAGCGCGGACUUCGAUCGCAGGUGGCCCAGACAGAUGGCCUCGUCCAAUGGGCUGUGUCGGUACGGCGCCCGCAUCGACUGCUGCUGGGGUUGGACACGUAUCUCCUGGGGCCAGUGCCAGCCUCUCUACGUCUUAACCCGCAGAGUAUUCGGGAUAAGGUGCCAACCCCAAGCGGUAUGUCAGCACGGAUGCAAACAUGGAGAAUGCGUGGGACCCAACAAAUGCAAGUGCCAUCCAGGUUACACAGGAAAAACAUGCAACCAAGACGAGCAGGGCUAUGUUAGCCCCCCAUUAUGGCACAGUCGCCCUCCCGUUUUUGUUCCCAUGGACCACCAGCCGAUUGCGGUGCCUUCGGAGGACUUGAACGAGUGUGGCCUCAAGCCUCGGCCGUGUAAACACAGGUGCAUGAACACGUACGGGAGCUACAAAUGCUACUGCCUAAACGGCUACAUGCUGCUGCCUGAUGGGAGCUGUGGAAAUGCCCGGACAUGCAGCGUGGCGAACUGCCAGUACGGCUGUGAGGUAAUGAAAGGAGAAGUUCGCUGCCAGUGCCCUUCUCCAGGUCUACAGCUGGCUCCAGAUGGCAGGACCUGUGUGGAUGUGGAUGAAUGUGCCACAGGUCAAGCGGUUUGUCCGCGGUUCCGUAAGUGCAUCAACACAUUUGGGAGUUACAUCUGCAAGUGCCAUGAUGGCUUCGACCUGCAGUACAUCAACGGGAAAUAUCAGUGCGCAGAUGUGAAUGAAUGCUCUUCAACUCAACACCAGUGUAGUCCAUACGCCACCUGCUAUAACACACCUGGUUCAUAUAAGUGCAAGUGUAAGGACGACUACAGAGGUGUGGGCUACGACUGCAAACCCAUCCCAAAGGUGGUAAUUGACCCGCCACGACCUGGAAAGACCACGCCGAGCAACAAUAACAACAAAGGGGGCAAUAAAAUUCCAGGCUCAGACCAGAAGAGGACCACCACAACAAUCAGACCACCUGUGACGGCUAAACGGAUCUCACCUACAGCAACAACAAUAACCACUAAACCUCCUUCAACCAAAAAAAUCACCCCUCCAGCGAGAGUCCCAACGACCACCACCCGUAGGCCUCUCAUCCCGACACGUAAACCCCCUGUGGUGGUGACAACCAAACCUAAGCUCCCAUCCCGUCAGCAGCCUACCACAAAAGCCCCGGUGGUUACAGCGGUGGUUCCCUUUAUCCCAACACGCAGACCUUUCAUCCCGUUUGUGACGCCAGUUGAUAACAGCAUUAAAGACAUUACCCAGAAACAAAGAGGGGAUGUUCACAUACCACGAAGUCAUGGGCAGAACAAUGUGCUUGAUAUCGAUUUACACAUUGAACUGGGCAACACAGAAGAGGAGCUGAAGGAUGACCCAGAGACUGGACAUCUGAGCUGCUCUUUUGACCACGGUCUCUGUGCAUGGAUCCAGCGCAGAGAGGGAGACCUUCACUGGGAGACAACAGCAGAUCCUUCAGGUGGGCGUUACCUGACGAUCUCAGAGGGCGGAGAGAAGCUAGGUGGGCGUGGCGCUCAGCUGAUCCUCCCCCUGACCACGCCCUGGAACGAGGGGAACCUCUGCCUGGCCUUCAGACACAACAUGGCGGGGCACCACGUGGGCAUGCUGCAGGUGUUCGUCCAGAAGGGACGGCAGCACAGUCCCGCCGUCUGGGGUCGAACGGGAGGAAACGGCUGGAGGUCGACGCAGAUCACCAUUUGGGGCAAUGGGCUAGAAAGCGUGGUUGUGAAGGGCGAGCGGCGGAGAGGCCGUAAAGGCGAAAUAGCUCUGGACGACAUGAGUCUCAAACGGGGUUCCUGUCAGGAAGAGCACAAUCUGAGGAGACUUUAACACCACCAACAGAGACUUUUAAUGCCAGCUUUACUCACGGGACUCUAGGAAGACGGACACUUUACAGAAAGGGACGUGGCUUCCUAUCAGUCCUGGUACAGUUAUGGUGCACUUCCUCUGGCCUUCCUCAGUGGCUACAAGUGCAUGUUCCAGCUCAAUACAGUGCUGCAGGUAUGACAUAUUUUUGUAGGCCAAAUC